CGUCUUGUGAUCAGUGGGGGAGUUAGCCUGAUGAGUAAAUAACGGAAAUUGCGACAGAAUGAGGUUGAUAAGGAUAUAAAUACAAAAAGAACGGAGUGUGUAAGACAGUUAAAACAGAGUAUCUCUCUGAGAAUAUUUAUUAUUGUCCUGCUGCCUUCAGGCCAUGCUCCCAAACUGACUGUGGAGACUCGUAAACUCCUGUCAAACGAAUGAAGAAACACCUUUUACUUCUCUUCAAGUACAGAGGACCUCGUCCGAAAAGGCAAAAAGAGCAAAAGACGACGAAAAUGGCCAAUUAUAGAAUACGACCUGCUACGCCCGACGACUGUGCUGACAUUCUGCGACUUAUAAAAGAACUGGCAAAGUAUGAAGAGAUGGAAGAUCAAGUAAUAUUGACAGAGAAAGAUCUGCUUGAAGAUGGCUUUGGAGAACAUCCCUUCUAUCACUGCCUUGUGGCUGAAGUAGCAAAAGAGCUUCAGACCUCUGAAGGAGCUACUGUUGUAGGCUUUGCAAUGUAUUACUUUACUUAUGACCCUUGGAUUGGAAAAUUGCUGUACCUUGAGGAUUUCUUUGUGAUGCAAGAAUUCAGAGGGUACGGAAUGGGCUCAGAAAUCCUGAAGAGACUGAGUCAGGUUGCUGUCAGAAGCCGUUGUAACAGCAUGCACUUUCUUGUGGCUGAAUGGAAUAAGCCCUCAAUAGAGUUUUACACAAAACGUGGUGCUUCUGACCUCUCCACUGAGGAGGGCUGGCGGCUGUUCAAAAUUGACAAGAACUACUUGGUUAAGAUGGCCUCUGAGGAGUAAAGAUCUGUCACAAGAGCAAAAAAAUUCCAUACACAUUUGUAUUGGAGUUCAGUUUCUGUGAUUUCUUUUAAUUUGAAAGAAUUUUAUAUUCUGCUUACUGACUGAUCAGAGCAUAGUGUUUCUUUGAUUACUGUAAUAACCUCUACACAAGCUGAAGUAAAUAAAACCUUCCUUACCAGUGGUACUACGAUAUAAUUGUUAAACCAAGAUGCUUCACAGGAGCUCAUACAAGGGUAAUGCAUGUGGGUUAAAGUGUACAUUAUUUAAAUAGAUCAUAUUGCAAAGUUGUGAUUUUUUUUCAUUUGUUAUAUGAAUAUAACUUUGUUCUAGUGAGGACUUUGUUUACAAUGUGUACAGUGUACACACUGGUUUGUGGGUGUUUUUGUUAUAUGCUUAAUUCAAUAAAUAUAUUUCUGUGUUUAA